GAAGACUUUGAUUAAUCGAAUUGAGAACCUUUUGGUUUUUGUGCAAGUUGCGACUUGUGUUGAGUUUGGUGGAUUCCAAGCUCGUGAGCUCUUGUAUCGAUUGAAUAGUCACUUCAAUCGUGGUCGGGCAUCUACCUUUCAAUCCAAUUGAGCGUUCCCCAGGUGUGGAAUCGUCCUUUUGGUUCCGUUUUAUCCAAGUUCGUAUUAAGAGCGCUUCGUUCUUGAUUCGAGCUCAAUCGAUUCUUCGAUUGAGUCGUUUGCUGCGUUACUUUGAUAACAUACACCCCCCCAGGGGCGUAUUAAGUGGUAUCAGAGCCUCCGGUUCAAAAUCAGAGGCGAAGGAGUCAGUUGAAGAAGACUUCUUGUGCAAGAACAGUUUCGUUGAAGAAACAGGGAAAGCAGCCCCUGUUUGUGCAAAUUGAUUCUGUUUCGUGCUUUAAUUACAAUGGAGAUUCAGCAAUUUAAUGAGGACGACGUUAAGCAGAUAAUGGCAGCCCUUACCGCGGUGUUUCUACCCCAAUUCGAGCGAAUACAACGCGGAAUCGAUAAGUUGGAGUCUGCCAUUGAUAGACGUCUCUGUUCUGCUCCGCGGAAACAGAGUUCAUGUUUUGGAGAAACCGUCGUGGCCUUGGAGGCUGAUUCAAGCGAAGUAACUGCUCAGAAUACAUUGCUGGAUGUUCAUGGGAUGAUUUACCUAACACAAGGUCGUCCAGAACCGAGCCUGAAGAGAUUCAGUUCAUCCGGAACCUCCAGAGUUUUCGAACACUGUUUUUCUCAGACGAAACAGAGUUCGACGGCGGCCGAGUCUGUUGUGGCGAUUGAGAGUGGCCUGCCUCCAGUCACCACCGCAGAAACAUUCAAAACGAUCUCAAGAGUGAAUUCUAAAACAAGAUUCCGACCAAAGCAGCUUCAAAUGAUGACGCCCAAAUCUUCGGAAUGGUCUCCGACAAUGCAGGAACGUGACUCCAAAAACGAGUAUCUCGUCGGAGCGAUUCAGAGCGAAUCGAGCACAACGGGAACCAUGGGUAAGUUUCUAGAGGUCCAAGGAAUGUGUGGAGCUCCAGAGAUCGACCAAAACGGCGGAGAAUCAAAAACGCCCAAAUUUGAUUAUGGGUUUCUCGAUACGCAGGAAUUUGAAAGCGACGACGCCGGGAAAACUGCAGAUGAUGAUUCCUCACUUACCAGGGGUAAUCGAAGUGAGAAAUCGGACGGGGAAUUCAAUUCUCUGUUGGAGAAAGCUUCCUCGAGCAUUGAAUUGAAGAAUGGCAGCUUGGAUAUUCCGAACUCGGAUUCAGAGCAACGGACGAUGUUCGUCGCGAAUUUGAACGGUCCUGGGAAAUUGCUAGCUCACUGUUCGUUGAUGAUUGAUGCUGAUACUGGUGAGACAUUGCUAGGAGAUGAAGGGAAGGCUGUGAUAGUAGAGAAAGGCGCCAUCGAAUUGGACAAGAUGUGCAGGGAAGCUGAAAUUUUUGUGUCCAAGAACAUGUUUAAGCAGCCUACUUUCGAUCCAAUUUGGGAUCAAUUCUGCGAAGUUUUUGACAAGGGGAAAGAACAAGCUUUGAGGGCAAAGCUUUUUGAAGAGGGGGAGCCUGAUAUGAUCCAAAUUGGCUACUUCUACAAGUCACAAUUACUUGCCAAAGAAGCUAUCAAGGUUGGAAAGAAGAAAGGCAGAAUUUGGCUAAGUCAAAAUCCGUGUUCAGGGUACAUACUUUGGAGGCAUGGUUCUCUCAAUUGGCUUGGUGGAAAUUCCAGUUCAAGGGCUUGUUUUACACACAAAGUUGUCAUGUUUCCAAUGGUAUGCUUUGUGGAUCCAGAAGAUGUGUUUAAGGUUGUUUUCCAAGGCCUCAAAGUUGCUAUCUCAAAAAUGGAAAACUGCCAGAAAAUGGCUAAGGCAGAAAACUGUUUUGUGAAGCCUACUUUGGAGCUCAAUUCGAGGAGUAUGGAACUGAUUCAAGUCCAAAGUCUUCCACAAAAUGAAACUAGGUAUGUUUAUGUACAAAGGGAAGGAAUUGGAUGAAAGAUUGGAGUUCGGGAAGGUCUCGAACGAAAGGCGCGAAGUUAGUACGAAAGCUGCCUUUUGACUGUUUUGCGGGCAGCUUACUUGUGCUUCAAGAAAGGAAGUUUGUGUCCGAAUUUUGAGUCCUUUUCAGUGUAGAAUUUUACCUUAAUUGUUUCCUUGUUAUUCUAGAUUUGUAUUAGGUUUUAUUGGCUAUAAAUAGCCCUCCAUUUACGUUGUAAAAAUAGAAGACUUUGAUUAAU